AUGGCUUCAGCUGUUUCUCCAGCAAUUAUGUUUUUUAUUAAACUUGUUGCUGGUCAAAGUUCUGACAAAAUAAAAUUUAUAAGUGAUGCAGCUAAAUUAAGACUUUAUAAUACAUUAUCUUUGUCUGCAAUGGGGGUUCUUUUUUGUAUUUUGGCUGUUUUGGAUCCAAGAGAAAAUCCUUCUAUUUGUUUGGCAAAUAUUUCAUUUUUAAAUUGUGUUUGUAUGUUAAUUGUUCCUUUACUUAAUGAAGUUAUUGCACCCGAAAAUGAACCUCAUGAUUGGGCAAAAGUUUUAUUUAUUCACGGAAUUAUUUUAAAUUUAUCAAAUGCUUUCUUUUGUAUUUUUGCCUCAGCAAAGCCAGCCUCGUGGACAUUAGACACCUUUAAUGGUAAAAAUAAAAGAAUUGCCGCAGCUAUUGAACAACGAAGAAAACGAAAAGAAAAUGAAUCUGGGGGAGAAAAACGUGGACGUUGGAAUAAUAAAAGGGGUAUAAUUUCACCAAUUGAUGCAACAAAUAAUAAAAAGAGAAUAAAUACAAUAAAAAUAAAAAGUGUAGAAUUACCCAGUGUUUAUUAA